AUGAAAAAAGUUCACGAACAACAACUGCACACUAACGAAAUGAAGAUGUUGAGGUGGGCCGGCGGUGUGACGCGUCUAGACAAAGUCCGCAACGACUAUGUUAGAGGUUCCUUCAAAGUAGCCCCUAUCGUGGAAAAAGUGAAGGAAAGUCGCUUGCGUUGGUAUGGCCACAUACAAAGGCGCGAAGACGACGACGUGGUUAAGAAAGUACUCAACAUACCAAAAUCGACCAGGGGAAGAGGAAAACCGCCGGCCACUUGGUGGAACAACAUCAAGAAAGAGAUGGACCGGGACAACCUAAGUACUCAGACAACCCAGAAACGAGUUCUCUGGCGCAAGUGUACAGGGAGACCCGACCCCAGAUAA